UAACGCGUGCGUACCUAUAAUAACAAUAAUAUCAUGACGAUGUGUGUAUUUGUAAGACUCGAAAACGAAUGUAAAAAAAUAUGUCAAAAAACGACGAUUUGGAAUACUGCCACGGGCAAAACAAAUAUUUGGCGGAAACUCACGAGUGCCAUCAGUCCCCACUACACACUCCGACCUGCUGAUCAAACAACCGCAGACUAGACACGUUAAUGUUCCUCUACCUCCACUCUCGUUUAAUCGAUCGUUUUUCGUAUCCGCUACAAAUACAAUUAUCUAAACAAUAAAUCGUUAUUACAUUUCACCAUAAAUCCACGAACGUAAAAAAAAUUGUAACAACCGAUAGCGUGUUACCCACGAAUUAUCUGAUCACUAAACGCCGUCAGAGUUUUGUUUGAUAUUGUCGUUCCUCGAUUAGACAGUAGACAUGAUGCAUUUCACCACUACAGCUUUCCUAAAAACCGCAUGCAUGUGCAUUAUCGCUGCAUUGGGUCACGUAGAGCCCAAAGUGAUCACGAGAGAUGUGAACGAAACGGAAAUGUUUUACUACGAAAUACGCCCGGAACUUUUUAACUGGACAAAUGGCGCAGAUAGCAAGUUUGUGUUCACACCAUCAUUACAAAAUUAUCCAGACUUGCUAUAUUGGAUACAUUACAAAUUCAACAGUAAAAAUAGACACGGCUACUUAUAUGGAACACCACCUGCGAACUUGUCGGAACGACAAAUCCUAUUGGAUAUUAUUGGAUUAAACAAAAAAACUUAUCAGGUUGAGACACAAGUUAUUCAAUUAAACAUUUUUGAAAAAUCUGAAUAUGCAACAAAUGAGGUUAGAUUUAAAAUUAACAACUUGAAUGUGGAAGACAUGUUUAAUGAAGAACGCAUUCCAUACUUACUAGAUAUAUUUAGACAAUAUUUAUGGGUGGGUAGUAAACAGAAUUUGUAUGUUACAUUUCUAGCAUCCGCUAGUGAUUUAGGACAACGAUUACCAUUAGAUCCAAAUGAUACAGAGGGUGUUGUUGUCAAUUUAGGAAGCUCAUCAAAUUUUUCAACAAUAUUAUAUGAUCUCGAGAAAGAAAUAAGCCCACUGCAAAAAAUGAAUAAAUGUCCAAAGGAUUUUAAAAGAACAAGUGUUGAACGAUAUUUCCGAGCUAAUGGCUUUAAUUUGGACUGGUGCAGUUUCAAACUUGUAGAGUUGACUACUAUCUUUAAUCAGAAUCAAACUAAGAAUGUUCAAGACAAAAUAUCUAGUACAAAAUAUGCAGAAGAAAAUGUUUGGGAAUUAGUGGAAUCUCUACAAUACAGUCAGUCCAUGCACACGGAUACUACAAAAUUUAACAUUACAUUACUUGUUUUUAUAAUCUUUGUGGUUGGGUUAAUUUUAAGUAUUGGUAUAUUUGGAUGGUAUAAAAAAAAAGUUAUUUUUUUUAAAAAUAUAUAACACCAAAUAAAUAAAACAAAAUAAUUUGAA